CGGGGCGGGCCCGCCAUGCGCUACAACGAGCGGGAGCUGCUGUCCCUGGCCCGCCAGCCCGCCGAGAAAGCGGCUGAGAUCCGCAUGAGCGUACCCAAGAAGGGCAGCGUGCUGAAGAAGCGCCUGGUGAAGCUCGUGGUGAAUUUUCUCUUCUAUUUCCGCACCGAUGAGGCUGAGCCCAUUGGAGCUUUGCUGCUGGAGCACUGCAAGAUCACCAAAGAGGAGGAGAACAUCUUCUCCAUCAGUUUCAUCGAGGAGCCAGAGAGGAAAUACUGCUUUGAGUGUGCCACGGAGGAGCAGUGCCAGGAGUGGGUCGAGGCACUCAAGAGAGCCAGCCCUCUCCAUGCGCUGUUCUUGUCUUACAGCUACGAGUUCCUGAGGAGGAGCCUGAUUUUCUACCGGAACGAGAUCCAGAAGAUGACAGGGAAGGACCCCCUGGAGCAGUAUGGAAUCUCUGAGGAAGCUCGUUUCCAGCUGGGAACACACAGGCAGUGACCCCCCCCCCCCCCCCCUUACCUGGCUGGAACUGGCUCCUGGCUCCACCCCAGCUCCCCACAGUGACCACGUGACUUUUUUAUUUAUUACCCAAAUGGUUUUGUACUUUUUUAAGUGAGCUCAUUGCACAUUCCCAGUUCCCCAGCUGGGGGGGCUGAGCUGCUCCAUGGAUGCUGCAGUGGGAGCAGAGCCCCAGCCCUGGGAUGAGUAGAGGCAGGGACUGACGGAGCUCCCAGCUCCUGCUCUCCUCCAGGACAUGCUGAGGCCACCUGAGCCAGCUCCAGCCCUUCUGCUCUCCCCUGUCCUGAGGGAGCUGCUGGGCUUCCCUGGCUCAGGAUCCUCCUGCAGUCCCAGGAGCCAUCAGCUCAUCCCUGGCUGUAAGAGGAUGUUGUGACUGAUGCAUCUCUGGGCUCCAGGGUUAACCCCCUCCGGGGAGGAGUGGGAAUUCCUCCAGCUCAGCCACAGCUCCAGCUGAUGGAGAGAGACAUCUGCUCCCCUGUGCCAAGGCAGAGCCCUGUGCAGCCACGGACUUUUGGGGUUUUCUUUUCCCUCCCCUGGGCAGGUGCUGGAAUUCUUGGGGGCUGGAUAAGCCCAUCCAAAAGAACAAAGCUGCAGAGCACGAGGGAACAAAGAUAGGGAGAGAUCCUUGUGCAGUAGUGCCUGUCUGCAGAGCUCUGCAGUGAUCCAGCUUCCCAGGGAGGAGAGGCAGAUGGAGAAGCUGGCAAAGGCAGGAGCUGCUCCCUUUGGCUGGAGGAUGGAGCUGCAGGACUGCACCAGCUCAGCCAGGCAUUAACCCUUCAUUCCCUGAGCCACUGCUGCAGCUUUUCUUCCCUCUGUGUGUCCCCUUUAUCCAAAGGGACAGACCAAAAAACUGUGCCAAAGUCACAGGGAAACAGGGAACCAGGGCUGCCUGUCCUGGAGCUCCUGCUGGGAAGAGAUAAGGACUAGGAACAACACCCUGUAGGAUCAGCCCUGGCUCCAGCUGCACCAAGGAAAACUGCCCAGAAAUGAGGGAUGGAGGACACUCCCCACACCCAGGGCUGCAGCAGACCCAGAUUCUUGACUGCCAGAGCAGCUUCCCUGGAACCAGCCCAGGAAAAGCUUCUGGGAGGGUCCCAGGUGUCACUGUCAGAGGUUACUGGCAGCAGGAACGGGGCUGGGGCAGGGCAGGGGCUUGGCCUGGGCCUGGGGGAGCUGCAGCUCUGGGUAUGGUUCCCCUCCAGCUGCCCAGCCUGGGGAGGGGGUGGAGCAGCCUCUGAGCUGGGAUUGAAGGGAAUUUUGGGGUCUUUUCCUCCUUGGCUGGGAAUUAAUGCCCAAACCAGAGCCCACACUGCAGCCUUUGGUAUCCUGGUGUUCCCACUUUACCUCAUGCAGCUGAGUACCAGGAGUGACACUUGUCACUGUUGCUUUUGUUUUUAUCUCCAAGCUGAGAUUUUCCUUUUCCCUCCACAGACACUCCAUUUCCUUUGAAUCAUUCCAGGUGCUUGCUUCAGAAAUUACCAAAAUAAGCCAAGGGCAGCUGCCCUGGGGGACCAGCCGAGGGCAGCAGGGAGGGAGCAGAAUCCGGGGGGGGGUUGCCAACAGAUGGCAGCUCCAGGGGAAGAAGCAGCAAGGGAUUAAAAGCAGGAACACACAGGAGCUGUGCUUUAGGGAAUCGGUAUCCUUGGAUGACCCCAAAGUGCAUUUUAAUCCUGUCCAGCCUGCGUUUUUACAAACCAGAGCUGAGUUCUCAGCUGGGCUGCCACCACUGUAGCAAAUGUGUCACCUGUGCCUUGCAGGACUUGGUGGCCUCUUCUCUGGACACCUUUCCGCAGGUGGGGCUGCCACCCUCCAGUGUCACUGUGCAGAAAAUGGGUGUUUUAUUUGCUGUUCCAGGGAACAGUUGGGUGAGCAAGAGCAAAGCCCAACACUGAUUUAAAUGUUCAUCACCAAUGACAUUUCUUAACUGAAUGUACAACAAAAGCUGUGAAGAGUUACCAGGGCCAGGCCAGGCCCAGGGACUCAGAUCUGUUGUAGGGCAG